AUGAGAAAUUCGAACCUGCUCAAGUGGGCUCAUCCCAAUAACAACAAACAAAACAACAAAAAUGGAAAUCCGAAUUGGAUUCACACUCCGGACGCUCUACAAAAAGGUCACAUCGCUUAUCUAGUCAAAACUCUUUUGAAACACGAAACGUCGAGAGAAGAAGGUAUGCAACCGUUAAUAAUGUAA